AUGUCUGAACUCCCUUCCCCUUCGCCCGUUCUGCGCGUGGCUGAAGCACAUCGAUUUGGAGUUUACCAAAUCGGCAGCCAGCAAUCCCAGCAAAAAGCAACGGCAUAUGAUCGUCGCAAAACUAGGCGCAGGCAGGCAGGCGCAGACGCACAGCCGGCGACGGCGGACGGAGCCUCGGACGAGCCGAUGCACAAGGGGCGGACCAACUCCAUCCCGCUUCCCAUACUCGGCGUCCUCUUCGCCUACCUGCUCUACCGCUACCUCCGCCCGCGCCUCCGCGGCCUCCGCCUCGACCGCCUCCUGUUCCGCGUCCCGGAUUGCCUCCGCCGUCGCGGCAAUGCCACCCGGAGCACCCUGCUGCCCUACUUCGCGCCCAUCGCCGACCGCCUCGGCGCGCUGCGGCCGUACCUCGGCCCCAUCGCCGACCGCCUCGGGUGGGAUUCUAACAUCCCGCACGGCCACGGCGGCGCGGACGCGCUCGUCAGGUUCCCCGGCGGCGAGGGCCUGUCGGUGGCCGCCAUCCUCGAGGCGCCCGGGGAGGUGGUGGCCAAGUCCUCGCACAGCAUGCUGUACCGCGCGGCGAUGCGCUCCGGGGAGACGGCUGUGCGGCCCGCGUGCGCCGUGGGUGCCGACGAGGCCGCCGCCGCCGCGCGCCGGAUCGGCGCGGUCACCCACCCGAACCUCGUGCCGCUCCGCGCCGUGUACGUCGGGCCGAGGGGCGAGAAGCUGCUCGUGCACCCCUUCUACGCCGCGGGCUCGCUCCACCGCUUCUUGCAAGACGUCUUUGUUCACGGCAUUUGGUGUGAUGGAAUGAUGCUGGAGGCGUCCGCGGCGCAGGGGUACAAGGCGCCGGAGCUGGUCAAGAUGAGGGACGCCACCAGGGAGAGCGACGUCUACAGCCUCGGGGUGGUGCUGCUGGAGAUGCUCGCGCACAAGGAGCCGGCCGGCGACGAGGACCGCGCGCCGAGCUCCCGCGACAUCUUCUUGCCGGCGUCCUUCAAGAACCUGGUGCUCGAGAGGAAGAUCUCCGACGCGAUCAGCUCGGACCUCGUCAGGCAGAGCAGGAAGUCCGGGAACGAGAGGAAGCUGAACGCCUUCUUCGAGCUGGCCACGGCUUGCUGCAGCCCUUCGCCGUCGCUGAGGCCCAACACCAAGGCGAUACUCAGAAGGCUUGAAGCGAUAGCAAAAUGAUUACUUAAUUUAAGUAAAUGUGGGUAGGUUCACCGGAUUGCUACACUCUUAUCAGCAUUUGCAUCAUGGCAGUGCCAGUGUGGACCGUUGAUGGGAGUGAGGCAUUCAGACGUAGCACGAGACAGGGCUGAAGUGAAGGAACCACUGAACCUCUGCUGGAGAAUUGGGGAAUGGAGGCCGAUAAUUCAAGGCAGAGCACGGGCUCAGAUGAGCCCGGUGAACAGUACCCCGAUUUGAAAUACAAAAAAUGUUCAAAAAAUUCCAAUUUUUUUGUGGUGCAAGAUACUUCUGUGUGUGAACUCCGUGCAAAAUUUUUUGUGAAGUUUGGACAUUCGAGAACCCCGUGGCAAAAAAGACAAUCAGGCAUGAACAGUGUGAUUUUCAAAAGAAUCUCAGACAUCCAAAAUUUGUCUUCUUUGCCACGAGCUUCUUGAAUGUCCAAACUUCACAAAAUUUUGCACGGGGUUCACGCACAGAAGCAUCUUGCAUCACAAAAAAAUUUGGAAUUUUUUGAACCUUUUUUGUAUUUUAAAUUGAGGUACUGUUCACGCCCGGGCUCAUCUGAGCCCGGGCACCAAAUCGCCGCACUCAAUGGAGGCGCGCUUUAGAUGUCAUGGAAUGUGUAUAGUCAGAGUGUAAACGCAGUGAGGUUACUCGAUCGUUUGUAAUUUUCUUGUGCUUUACUUGAAACCGAUCAUGUACAAAUCUCCAUGUAAAUCUAGCCUUCGUCUGAUCUGAGUGUUAUAUCAGAUAUGAUUGGUAGGAGUA